AUGGGUGACAGAGUUUUAUUGAAAGUGUAUUAUUUUGGUCAAAUUUUAUUACAAACAUCUGAAGGAGUAAGAUUUGUUUGUGAAAAUCCGUUAGAUGUUGUGAUUCCUUUCACAAUAUCAUUUGAAGAGCUCAAAGGUGUGAUAUGUGAAAAUGUUCAAUCUGAGAGGGCAAGAAGAGUGGCCUGUAUUCUAUAUAGAUAUCCUAUACAAGUAUUUGGUAGAUUCGUCCAGUUUCAAACGAAAUAUGUAACGGAUGAAGCGAGCAUGCAAGAGAUGUUUUCAAUGUAUAUUGAAAGUCGGAGUCAACUCGCGUUCAUCGAGUUGUAUGUUGAGUUUGAGCAAUUUGAGGCCGACCGGAAUAUUCUACGGGAAGAUUACAACAGUGAUAGCGAAGAAGAGUUCGAAAGCAACUACGAAGUUGUUGGUCCAGAUGGAGAUGAAGAUCAAGGUGACGGAGCUGUGGCUACGGAUGUGUCAGAUGUGGCAAAUGCACUUGCAAACGAAAUGCCGUUUCAGGAGCCAUCAUUCAUGCGAGUUUUGGAUCUGGAAGCCAUGCAUGUUCUGGAGUUUCCGGAUUAUACCACUGCAGAAAUUCCUUUUAUCGCAGAUGGUGAAUUUGCCGUUGGGAUGGAAUUCAGUUCAAGGGAAAGUGUUAUUAAGGCGAUAAAAGAGUAUACCAUACGAAGAAGCGUAGACUAUCGGGUGUAUGAGUCUGGGCCGUUGACAUUUUACGCUAAGUGUACACAGUAUGGGUCAGGGUGUGAUUGGCUUAUCCGGGUUAGCAUGAUUAGCCGGAAGUACUGUUGGGUUAUAAGGAGGUAUAAUGGCAGUCACACAUGUACGAGAGCAACAAUUUCUCAGGAUCAUUCGAAGUUGGAUUCGAAUACAAUUACAGAGGCAAUAAAGCCAUUGGUUGAGGCUGACCCCGCCAUAAAGGUGAAAUCGGUUAUAGCAGAGGUGCAAUCGAAGUUCAAUUACACCGUUAGUUAUCGGAAAGCAUGGUUGGCUAAGCAAAAGGCAGUGGAAAAAAUAUUUGGAGGCGGGGAAGCAUCGUACGAAGCCUUGCCUAUAUGGUUUGAGGCCAUGUGUCAUAAGGAGCCAUCAGCUGUUGUUUAUUUUGAGACUAUGCCUGCAUAUCAAGGUGAUGACUUGGUGACUGAUAUUCGGAUUUUGCAUCGGGUGUUUUGGAGUUAUUACCCCUGCAUUAGGGCAUUCAGACAUUGUAAGCCCGUUGUCCAGGUGGAUGAGACACACUUGUAUGGAAAGUACAAGGGUUGUCUACUAGUGGCCAUUUCACAAGAUGGCAAUAACAAUAUCGUCCCAAUUGCAUUCCAUGUUGUAACUCGGGAUGGUGUGGGACUGAUAUCCGACCGUCAUGAAUCCAUAAAUGCCGCUGUGGAAAGGAGUAACGGUGCUUGGUCACCUCCAAGAGCUUUCCAUAUGUUUUGCAUAAGGCAUAUAGAAUCCAAUUUUCUUAGAAAAUUCAAGGCGCCGUACUUGCAGAAACUCGUUGUCAAUUUAGGAUAUUCGAGGACGGUGUGGGAGUAUGAAGUACGAUACCAGCGUUUACGAGAACGGGGCGAGGCCUACACUAACUGGUUAAACCGAAUCCCCCGCGAACAGUACGCAUUGGCUUUUGAUGGUGGAUAUCGAUGGGGUCAUAUGACGACGAAUCUAGUGGAAUGCAUCAACUCAGUAUUGAAGGGUGCUCGCAAUCUACCCGUUACUGCCCUUGUGAAGGCAACAUUUUACAGACUUAACGAGUUGUUCACACGAAAAAGAGCGGAGGCAGAAGAUCGGAUUAAUGCUGGGCAUGUGUUUUCUGAUGCAGUUACCUCGAAGUUGCAUGCAAACCAACUUGCAUCAGGAAACAUACAGGUUAGUUGCUUUGACCGGCAGAAUGAGGUGUUUGAGGUGCGUGAGAUGCCAAGUGGACUGGAGUUUGCAGUCGACCUACGAGGCCUUCGAUGUGAUUGUGGUGAGUUCCAGGUGGAUAGAAUUCCUUGUCGACAUGUGUUCGCUUGUUGUGCCAACCAGCGACUAGACUGGCAACUAUAUGUGCAUGACGUGUAUAAAAUGGAUCAAGUUCGGCGGGUGUACCGAGCAAGGUUUAGGCCGCUAGGUAAUCCUACUACAUGGCCUGCUUACAAUGAACCUCGGUUCAUCCCAAAUCCAUUCCUGAGAUGA